AUGCAGCAGAAUCACGACUCCCUGACCGCCUCGGCGGCGGAGCUCAAGAGGCCCAGCUCAUCCACCUCGUCCGUCAGCGACAGUCAAACCCUUUCGCGCACUCGCCAGGCAAGGCACCACUACGCCAGGGCCGCCCGCGCGUUCUUGCAGAAGGAUCACCUUACCGCCCUGCUAGAGAGCCAGUAUGCCGCCAACGUCCUCGUCGCAUCGCCUAAUCUCGGCCUAAGUCUCUCGACUGGCAACCUCGCAGAUACCGAGGUCGAGCUGGCCCGUCUCAGCGAAAAGCUCGUCAUCCUCCGAUUCACCGUCCUGACUUCGAUCCUCAGCGAUGUCGAGCAGCGCAAGACAAUCACGUCCAGGCUCUCGCAGCUUGCAUCCGGCGAUUCGGGCACUGGCACCCCGCUAUCGGCCACUUCACCAUCUCAGGCUGCCAAGCAGCUUUUCUCGCUGCUCUCCCGCGAACCUGCCAAGUUCAUCUCGCACCUGUGGUUCGAGGCCCUGCGCAUGUGCUCCCAGACCCACUCCGACGUCGAUGUGCCCAGCCUCGAACCGUCGGCCGAGACGCUGCCGCUCGCCGUCGAGCUCCCCGCCUCGGUCGUCUCGGCGGCCAUUCUAGCGUCGCUUCGGCUUGACGACAUCGAUACCCGCGGCUCUGUUGGCACGCAGUCGGCCAGGCUCAUCUCGGAGUGGUACCUCGCCGCCUACUCAUCCACCGUCGGUCCGCAGGGUCCGACGGAGAGGGCGUCGACCGCCUACGAAAAGGUCGUCGACCUCUACGCGGUCCACAUUCUGGCCACCCGGCUCGACGAGUGGGAAUAUGCGCGCGAAUUUGUCGGCUACUCUAGCCUCGAGCAGGACAAGAAGCUGGCUCUGCUCGACCAGCUCGAUGUCGCGCAUGCCCAUGUCCUCUCGAGGCCCGAACGGGAGUCUGAGUUCCAGGCAGCAGCGCAGAAGGCUUACGAGGACGAAAGGGCGAGAAGGGCGGCCGCGGAAAAGGAGGCGGCUAGUGCAAGCAAGGCGGCCCAGGACCUUGUCAAGGGCGUCGGCAGCUUCCUGCGCGGCGACGACGCGAGUGCGACCAAGAAGAGACCCGGCAGCAGUAGCCGACGCUCUGGCCACGGCGAUGCGUCCUCUGGCUCCGAGUCGGGCUCGCGCGCCGGUUACUUUUCGUCUUCGCGCGGAUCGAGCUCGUCUUCGUCGUCGACCAGCGCCAGCCCGGCCGGGUCGCCGUCAGUUUCCGCUCGAUCGGUCGCGGAUGAUGGCACCGCGGGUCAGGGCGCAGCCGCGAAGCGCAGCGGCUCUGCGCCUCGACCUCGCAGCGGCGUCAGGAGCGCCUCGCACGGCAGCGGCGGCGGAACGGAUGGCGAGGCCAGCGAUGCCAACGCCUCGGGCCGGCCACGAAGCCAUGGUGUCGGCAACAACGGUGCCGGCGACCGUCAGAACAAGGCAAAGGAGCCUGCGGUGGAGGAAAGCUCAUACGCCUCGACGCGUGCCCACCUCUCGCGCUACAUCGAGAAUACGGGCGGUGGUGGGUCGAAGCCGCGCUCGGUCGAGUCAAGCCGCAGAUCUGCACCGGCGGCGGCGGGCCUGCUGACGACACUCAAGAGCUUCUUCGACCUUCGCAACGCCCAGUCCCGUUCCUACCUCUUGACGGCCAUCGUGAUGCUGUUCGUCUUUUACCGCGCAGUGCGUCGGCCGCUGCUGAGCGGUGGAGGAGGAAGUGGCGGGAGAUUGGGAUCGUCCUCGGCAGCCGGAUCGAAUGCGGCGGCUGGUAAGGGACGAAGGCAAGAGAGCGCCGCCGCUCGCAAUGCCCGCAACCGACUCGUCAAUGGCGGUGGCAGUGGCUCGGCAUCGACAUAUGGCCUUGGGCCGGUGAUGCUGAUCUGGAGGAAGUUGGCGGACACCGUCAGGAUGGGCACGCAGGUGACUUACCUCUAG